CAGAGCACCACACGCCAAGCGCAAGUUUAACGUCUCAUCUCGUAAACGGUAAACGUGCACACAAGCAUUACCCCUCCCGCCUCGACUCUCACCGCAAAUUCCACGUCACCCUUCCGCAUCGCCACGUGUCGAUGCACGCAACGCCGUGGUCAGACGUGGCACCCUCUCGCCAUGCUUUUCUUCCCAUUCCACCAUGUGUCUCUUCCAUGCUCCGAAACUCAGACCGAACGUUUUAAAACCCCAAUAGAAUUCAUAGUUUUCUGCAGGGCGUUAAGGAAAUCUUUUGGAGUGUUUUUAAUUUGGAGGAAUGAUGAUGAUGGCGGCGAUCACUCCGGCGAAGCGUACGCCGCCGCAGUGGCAGGUGAUUGCUCUGGUGGCGAACCAUUUGGAUCCAAAAUCGCUAGCGGUGGCCUCGUGCGUCUGCAAAUUGUGGUUUAUUUCUAUGUCCUCCGAUCACCUAUGGCGCUCCAUCUGCACCGCGCGGUUCCCUUCUCUCUCGGCUCUCCGCCUCGCCGACCCGGGCGUCCCGUACCGGAGACUAUACGCGCUCGGGCGCGUGUCGGAGACGCGCCGCCUCAGGAAACGGCCUCCGCCGCCUCUGCUCUCCAUGUCCAGCAUCAUCUUCGCCGUCAACGUCUCCCACAACGGCUCGUCCCUCAUCGCCGUGGUGAAGCCCGGGAGGGAGCUCGACGUCGACCGGAACGGCGUUUUCCGGUUCGACGUCGACGUGGCCGGGGGCGGGAGUUUGGCGGGAAUGCAGGCGGUGCGUGAUCUGAGAGUGACGUGGGACGUUGUGUUGGAAGGGUACCAGUGUAAAUUCACAAUGUUGGACUGCGAAGGGAAAGGGAACUUGGUGUCUGGAUUGGAAGCGUGGUACUCGGAGGAGCUUCCGCCGCCGGGAUGCUGCUCCAACGACGCCGUGAGCGGCCUCGUGUCGGAUCUGAGAUUGGUAUUUAAGGAAAGCUGUGGAAGAAUAGUGGUGGCGAAUAUGAGCUUAGGGUUACUGAAUAUAGUGAGCUGGAGAUAUGUUCUAGUGGUUGAUACUCUCAGAUAUUUGCAGCAUUUUCUUUUGCCCUAAUAUCAGUUCGAGUUUCAUUGGAAGCAAUAUUGACUCUUUAUGCAAUUUAUUGGUUUCAGAAACAAGUUAGAAUUUCAAUGUGAGCAAUAUUGACUCUUUAGUUUCAGUGGGAGUAAUAUUAACUCUUUAUGCAA